AUGACCUACACAGUACCCGCGCUCAGAUUAGCUAUUGCCCUUAUUCUUAUAUCGACCGUUAGAGCAGAGAGUAAAGAAGAUUCGUUGGCAAUCGCUAGACGCUGCUGCCCCAAGCAGGCGGCUGAAUGCUGUGCUGAAACUAUUGAGAACAGGCUCGCACUCAACUGUUCAUUGCCUUUGGAAGGCCUUCUCUCUGCAUCCAAUUGUAUCCAAACUGCCAUGUAUGGAAUGAAGAGCUUGAAAAGGAUACAAAUCGAAGAUGUGGAAUGCUGUCAAGUCUUCUCUAACGACUUCACCGACGAAUCGGCAACCUGCCUUUCCACAUGUACCGGAGCCGGUACGAUCGCCAUCUCUUCAGACGGUCGAUAA